GAAACUCAGCAGAGAACAUAACUCUUAAUCUUUAGAAGAAGUGAAAUAUAUUUUCUUACAGAACCAAAAGAAGAAACAUAUUCUUGAUUCCCAGCUUACAUUUCCCAUUUGGAACCAUUAAAGUCUGGAUAUCUGGAGCCUUAACUAAGAAGAAUACAUGGUUACCCAAAAAAAUUUUUAAAUAAAUAAUGGGAAUUAAAUUUUCAUGUCAUUCUUCUAAGAGCAAGAAAAAAUCCCAGAAACAGUUGUCAGAAAAGUCCAGCGUGCUCAACACAUUAUCUGACACAAUCUUGCCUGUAAAUGAUGCAUCUGACAUUACAGAUUUCAACUUUGUUCUGAAAAAUUUUGUUGAAAUUCCAGGAUUUAUUUUCCACAUGCCAAAGGUUCAAAAACUCAAUUUUUCCCACAACCGACUAGCCAGGCUUCCUCCUGCACUUGGUAAACUUGAACAAAUCGUAGUGCUAAAUUUGUGUGGAAAUCAUAUAGCUCAUUUGCCCAAAGAGAUCGGACUGCUGCAAAACCUCAAGGUAUUAUUUGUUAAUAUGAACUUUUUAUCUGAAGUACCAGAAGAACUGGGCUUGUGCAAAAAGUUGGAAGUCCUUAGCUUGUCUCACAACUGCAUAUCUGGACUUCCUUGGACAUACAGUAACCUGUCUAGACUAAAAAAGUUAAAUCUUAGCAACAACUGGAUAAUUAAUAUUCCUAUGUGUAUUUUUCAGAUGAGAAAUUUGGAAUUUUUGCAUUUAGGAUCCAACAAAAUUGAAAAUAUUGCAGAUACCAUUACAAUGCUGGGAUGUUUAAAAAUAUUUAUUCUUGACAAUAAUAAUAUACAUGUUUUACCCAAGUCUGUUUGCUCUUUAACUUCCCUUGAGCUGUUAAAUCUUGAUUACAAUAGUAUACAGACACUUCCAGAUGACCUCUUUAUGCUAAGAAGAUUGCCCCGAAUUGCAUGGUAUCCUGUUGACAAGGGUCUUCAUAUUGUAAAUAAUCCCUUAUCCAAACCACUGUCAGAGAUUGUGCAAGGCGAGAUAGACAUGUUAUAUAAUUACCUGAAAGACUUAAAGCAGCUGAAAUAAAUCUCCUAACAAUGUAAAAACAUACAGUAAACAUAAAGGGACAUUGCACUUUUUUUCCUUCUUUUCAUUCUAUCUAAAAGAAAGUAUUUGGAAUGUGUAUAACAAUUGUUUGAUUUUUUUCUUUUUUAAAUGGAUUUCCCUUUUCUGAAGAUACCUACCUACUCGUACAGGCUUGUUCCUUGCCAUCAGUAUAGCUGUGGGAAUGAUCCCAAGAGAGAAUAGAUACCUAGGUGUCAUUUGAAUGGUAGAAUUCCAUGACCUCUUGCAAAUCUUGCCAGUCCACCAAUGACCUUUUCAAAAGAAGACUGUAAUGAAAUAUUCAGUUUGAUGGACAACAAAACCCCUGCACAAUGUGUCUAUAAUAUUGCAUCCGGACAUUGUGCUGAAUAAGAAAGUUUCCAGACAUUUAAUGGAACAAUAAUAGAUUAUUAUAUAAUUUAACUAAUAAAAAUACACUUAAAUACUGAAAUAUUUCCAGUUGCUGUAACGUUUGCAAUAUUAAAAAUCCACUUGUAAUAGCUCAAAUAUAUAUAUCUCAUGCCAGCGAUGUUAGAGCUCCAUACAGUUUGUAUUUUUGGGCUCUACUUGUAAUCUAGACCUGUUUGGAUAAUUCACUUUUAUUGUCUUCAAAAUCAAUCAGUGAAAUAAGGUGCAUUGAUUUAUUAUAUAUAUUGCCUAAAGAUAUCCCUGAAUUUGUGAUGUACAUGGAAAAAUGGUGUAUAAAUGUGUUGACUGUUACAAAGAAUCUAUCCUCUCCUUUAUGUAAUCUCACCAGUAUUUUUACCCCUGUUUGGAGACAGGUUGGAAUUAGAAUUUAUAAGUAACUUUAGGAAAGGGUAAAGCUUUGUAGAUUCUUGCAUUAAACUAGAGGAUAAUUACCAUUACUGAGAGAAAAGAAGAAAAGAAAAGAAAUUCCACCUCUGUGACUAUAUUGUCAGAUGCUUAAAGUAGAUCUAUAAAACUUGGAGAGACACAGAUUUAAUAGUGAGAACCCUACUGAGACUUUCAGUGACUCCUCUUACUGUAUUAUUACUUCAAUAAAGAUUUCAGUGCACUAAAUACUAAAGAGUAGUUACAGCCAUUUCAAAGACUGGAUAUUUAUUUUAAUGCUAGAUCUGUAUUACUCCAGAUGAUUUUUAUAUGCUUAUUUUAGUAUCAGUAUUAAUUGUUUGGAACAGCAGAAUUAUAAUAUAAGAAUAAGAUUUAUUAUGACGGAUGAGAUUUAUGCUGCAAUUUUCUUGACUGUAUAAUUAACUUACAUCUAUCUAUUUGUCUAUCUAUAUCUAUCUCAUUCUGUCUGUCGGUCUAAUCUUCAUUUCUUUCAUUUUUACUAUAGCUGUUUUCCCCAGAAACCCAGUCCUAUUUUCUAAUUCUUAUUUUCGUAGCGUGUCAAACCCUGGUCCUGUAAGAGUGCAAACAGAUUUUCAGCCCAGUGCACUCUAGAAGAAAUACUACAAUUACAGUUUGAUCACAUUUAAAAUGUUAUUUUUGCUUCCAAUACUUUUUAAACAUAUUAUUAAUUUGUGAACAAUAUACUAAACUAUAUAAAAUGUGUUAAAUGUU